AUGUCUUCAAUCAAAGUCUUUAGUUUGGUUAGCUUGUGUAUCAUUUUAUUGGCUCAUGGAGUUACUUCAUUUGAAUAUGGUGAAGCUCUGACAAAGUCUUUGUUGUUUUAUGAGGGCCAACGUUCAGGGAAAUUGCCAUCUAACCAAAGAGUGCAAUGGCGUGGAGAUUCUGCACUUAAAGAUGGUAUAGAUGCAGGAGUUGAUCUUGUGGGAGGAUAUUACGAUGCUGGGGACCACGUAAAGUUUGGUUUCCCUUUUGCAUUCACAAUAACAAUGCUUUCAUGGAGCACAAUAGAGUUCCAAGCUCAACUUGAGGCCAAGAAUGAGCUUUCAAAUGCACUAGAUGCCAUCAAGUGGGGCACAGAUUACUUGAUCAAAGCCCAUCCUGAACCAAACGUUCUAUAUGGUCAAGUUGGUGAUGGUGAAUCUGAUCAUUCAUGUUGGCAAAGACCAGAAGACAUGACUUCCCCAAGAACAACUUUUAAGAUUGAUGAGGAACAUCCAGGAUCUGAUCUUGCUGCUGAAACUGCUGCAGCUUUCGCCGCAGCUUCUAUUGCUUUCAAGCCAUCAAAUCCCAAAUAUGCAUCCCAGCUUAUAGAACAUGCAAAACAGCUCUUUGACUUUGCACGCAAUCACCAGGGAGUGUACCAAAGCAGCAUUCCUCAAGCAGGAAAUUUCUACAGCAGUAGCGGAUUUGAGGAUGAAUUGUUAUGGGCUGCAGCAUGGCUUCAUCGUGCCACUGACGAGAAAACUUACCUAGAUUUCCUUGGAGGAUCAUCAAAUUCCGGUGGAACCAGAACCGUGUUUUCCUGGGAUGACAAAUAUGUUGGAGCACAAGUCCUAGUUUCAAAGCUUGUUUUGGAGGGGAAGGUGGAGUAUUCAGGCAUAUGGAGCCAGUACAAGAGCCAGGCAGAGCAGUUCAUAUGCUCUUGUUUACAGAAAGGCAAUAGUAAUGUUAAGAAGUCACCUGGGGGUUUGUUGUGGUUUCUACCAUUUAAUAACCUUCAAUACACCACCUCUGCUACAUUCAUUGCCACUGCAUAUUCUGAAUAUCUGACUGGAAAGAAGGCUUUGAUCCAAUGUCCUGGUGGCAUAGUACAGCCCGAUGAACUAAUUACCUUGGCCAAAUCACAGGUUGAUUAUAUCUUGGGUUCAAAUCCGCAAAAAAUGAGCUACAUGGUAGGAUUUGGGUCAAAUUAUCCGAAACAACUUCAUCAUAGAGGAGCAUCCAUUGUGUCCAUCGAGAAGAAUCCUGAACCUGUGACAUGCAAAGGGGGCUUUGACUUGUAUUUCAACAAGAAUGAACCCAACCCAAAUGUGUUGGACGGUGCAGUGGUUGGUGGCCCGGAUGACAAUGAUGGCUUCACGGACUCAAGAUCUAACUUCCAACAGGCUGAAACAGCAAUUGCAAACAUUGCACCACUAGUUGGCGUUUUGGCUCGGAUUGCCUAA